AUGGGGCAAGACAGAAAAGUGCCUGAGCUGGGGAAGCCGGGGCGUGACUUCCUGCUGUACCCCGUGCCUCCAGAGGUCCUCCCUGCCCUAGCUGACCCUGAGAAGUGCUCUUGGCUGACCCCUCUGGUGUGUGCCAUGCCCGGGACAGCCAGCAGCCCCCUCCUGUUCUUUGUCCAUGCUGUUCCCGCUGUCUGGGUGCCUCCACUGUUCACCUGCUGGGAUCGGCUCGGACCUGACUCCAGGAACACCUGCGCCAUGACCUCCACCCCCAGCAGGGAUGAGCAGUUGCUUCUCGGCAGCCCCCACCCCUACGCGUGGUCCGGCCCGGCGGCUGGCGCAGGUUAUAAAGGUCCCGCCGCUACAGCUGACAGCGGACUCAAGAUGCGUCCGAAGGUGUCCGGGAGGGGUUGCGCUGGGAGCCGGCCGGGACCCGGACCCGGACCCGGACUCGGACCCGGACCCGGGGACCCAGCAGCACUCACCUGUGCACCCUCGCCCUCAGCCAGUCCCGCUCUGGAGCCCUCUGCGCAGCCGCAGGCACGGGGCACUGGACAGAGAGCAGGAUCCCGAGCUGCCUCUGGAUCCCAAGUCCUCUCGGAAGCCGGCACUGGAGCUCGCCCGGCCUCCGAGGCUGGAGUCAAGGCAGGAGCCCGGCGCCCGUCUGCAUUCUCGGCCAUCCAAGGGGAUGUCCGGUCUGUGCCCAACAAUUCGGACGCGCCGUGGGCCCGCUUGGUAUUCCAAGGGCCGUUUGGUUCCCGGGCCACUGGCCUGGGGACUGGAAAGGCAGUGGGCAUCUGGAAGACACCAGCCGCCUACUUUGGCCGGCGACCCGGGGUGUCCGGCCCUGAGCGCGCCGCCUUUAUUCGGGAGCUGGAGGAAGCACUGUGUCCUAACCUACAUCCGCCAGUCAAAAAGAUUACCCAGGAAGACGUCAAAGUGAUGUUAUAUUUGCUGCAGGAGCUUCUCCCACCUGUCUGGGAUCCCAGACACCGGGAGAGCAUUACCUAUGGGUGAUGGUCCUUCUGCAGAGAGAGGGACCUGAACACUGCAGCUCGAAUCGGCCAGUCCCUGGUGCAACAGAACAGUGUUUUGAUGGAGGAGAACAGCACCCUGCUGGGCUCAGCCAAGGAGGAGAUUUUACACCUCAGACACCAGGUGAACUUGCGGGAUGACCUCCUCCAGCUCUACUCAGAUUCGGAUGAGAAGGAAGAGGAGGAGGCAGAGGAAGACCAGCAGCAUGCUCAUCCCUGUGAUGCCCCCAAGCUGUGAGAUUUCACGGAGGCAUUGCUGCACCAGCACCACUGCCCACAGCUGGAAGCCUUGCAGGAGAAGCUGAGGCUGCUGGAAGAGGAGAAUCAUCAGCUGAGAGAAGAGGCCUCUCAACUUGACACCCUUGAGGAUGAGGAACAGAUGCUCAUUCUGCAAUGUGUGGAGCAGUUUUGUACAAGGAAGUAUGAGAUGCCCACAGGGGACACAUCCAGCCUAAGGUAUGAUUUUUGCAACAGUGAGGAUGGAGAGCAGGUGCAGGGGUUUGAGGCUGAGGAAGGGUUGAUGCUGGCAGCAGAUAUUAUGCCGGGGGAAGAUUUCACGCCUGCAGAGAAGUUGGUGCCCGAGGAGGAGCUGGGGACUGCCGAAAAGGUGCUGGCUGAGGAAGGGGUGAUGAAAGAGGCAGAGCUGGUGUUGGAGGAGACUGAGGGCUGGGAGGAGGUGGAACCGGAGCUGGAUGAGGCAACGCGGAUGAACAUGGUGACGUCAGCCCUGGAGGCCAGUGGCUUGGGCCCUUCACACCUGGACAUGAAAUAUGUCCUCCAGCAGCAGGCCAACUGGCAGGAUGCCCAUUACAGGCGGCAGCUGAGGCGGAAGAUGUUCCAGAAAGGUGAGUGCCCCCACGGGGACCUCCCUGCCACCAGCCGGACAAGCUGCAGAUCCUCGUGCCGAUGAAAAGAGAGGGUGGAUAAACUCCCCGAGUGCUCACCUACCCCAGCCUGGCCCUACCCGGAGUGCUGAUUUGCAUGGACUUUGCAUAUCGUUUGCAUAGGCAUAUCCGAUCCCCUUCAGUGGGAACUGUAGAGCCAGUGCUCAUUUAUGUGGCAUUUGCUUAGGAUUUCAGAUCUCUAUCCACUUUUCUCCUGGGGGCUGGGCUGGGGGUCAGGACUGGGAUUGUGCCCCCACACUGCACCUCAGCUUCCCAUCUCCGCCUGCCUGCUUCUCCUGCCCCCUACCCCUGCCUCCUCUGUCCCCCAGGCUCUCCAACCCUGCAGCAGUGGCAGCAGCAGUCAAAAUAAGCACGGGGGUGGGAUUGUGGAGCUGCCCAGGGGCUGACCCAGGCUGGAGGACAGGCCCAGCUACCGUCCCAGGGCCUGGGAGGAAGAGGGGCCUUCUGGGGCUGCCCAGGCUACGGGGACAAAGGCCUCCACCAGCAAGGGCCACAGUUGGACCAGUCCCCUGGGUGAGUCGGAAGGUGGGCUAGGGCCUCCUGCAGGGUUGGGAGGUGGAACAGGGUCUCCUCUCCCCAGCUAGAAACCCCAAAGUCUGGGAGCUGCACCUGCUGAGUGCAGGCCUUGUGAGCCCUGCCUCUUUAAG